CCCCCGCCAAGUGCCCGGCUCUCGCCCGCCGCCCUCCGCGCGCGUUUGGCGGGAAGAUUUGGCAGUCACCUGUGGGAAGAUGUCGCGGCCUUUCGCGGACGGAGAAGGGAAGGUGAAUGAAUUUAAAGAAAAUCAAGAUGUCACUUAUGCAUGUCUGAGACCAGUACAAACUACAGUUUUAGGAAAAACAGCUAAGGUUUAUCUUACCCCCUUCUCACUCAAUGAUUACAAGCUAGAGCAACUCAAGCACUCCAAAUCUCUAUCGGAAAAGAAUUCCAACUACAUGAUGGUAUGUCAGAAGAGUGAACCGAAGAAAACUUGUGAAGAAAUUUUAAUUCCAAAGAUGAAAGUCAUCCCUUCCAAGGCAGAAUCCACUCUUCAAAAAUUGUCCUUAGGUGUUCAUGAUGAAAGCAACAAGCCAGGACACAAAAGCCCUUCAGCUGCUGCCAUUCUGAGUGCCGACAUGGAGAGCAGUGAUGAAGACAUCACACCAGGCGUGGAUGAUUUUUCAGGAUUGUCACCAUAUGAAAAGAAGAGACUAAAGAACAUAUCAGAAAAUGCAAAGUUUUUUGCUUCUCUUCAGUUGUCUGAGNCAGCUGCAAGGCUCCGUGAAAUGAUAAAGAAGAGACAGCCUCCUAAAUCGAAAAGAAAGAAGCCUAAGAAGAGAGAAAAUGAGAUUGGAUGUAGAAGGUCAAUGCGGUUGCUGAAAGUCAGUCCUUCAGGAGUCUCAUUACCAGCACCUCCAACAGCGCCAAUGUUAAUAGAAGAUGAAAAUCCUUUGUUACCUCCUGGACCUUUAGAAAUGAUUCCUGAAAACGCAGAUGACAACCAUGAACUAUUUAAAGGAUUUCUGCAGACAUGGGCAGAAAUGAACAAGACAAGUAGUAAGAACAUGGAGGAGGAGCUAUCUAGCCUUAAAAGCUAUAAAGCCAACUUAAAUGGCAUGGUCAUUAGUGAAGAUAAUGUCCAUAAAGUUACCAAAGGCUCAAUAUCCUCUGUGGCUCUCCACCCAUCAGAAACUAGAAUUCUGGUAGCAGCUGGGUCCAAAUUGGGGCAGAUUGGACUUUGGGAUUUGACUCAGCAACAUAAAGAAGAUGGGACAUAUGUUUUCUAUGUCCACAGUCAGCCCAUUAGUUGUCUUUAUUUCUCACCUGCCAACCCGGCCCACCUCCUGUCCCUGAGCUAUGAUGGCACAUUGCGAUGUGGGGAUUUCUCCAGGGCUGUCUUUGAUGAGGUGUACAGGAAUGAAAGCAGGAGCUUAUCCUCCUUCGACUUCUUGGCAGAGAGUGCUGCCACUUUACUAGUAGGACACUGGGAUGGGGCCCUGUCACUGGUGGAUAGACGGACACCUGGUACUUCUUAUGAGAAGCUUAUUAGUUCUUCUAUGACAAAGAUAAGAACUGUUCAUAUACACCCUGUGCAACGACAGUAUUUCAUCACUGCAGGAUUGAGGGAUACCCAUGUUUAUGACGCCAGGUACCUGAAUCCCCGGAGGAGCCAGCCUUUGGUCUCUGUGACUGAGCACACGAAGAGCAUUGCUUCUGCCUACUUCUCACCUGUUACUGGUAACAGAGUGGUGUCCACAUGUGCGGAUUGUAAGCUGAGGAUCUUUGACAGCAGCUGUGUGUCUUCCCAGAUGCCUCUCCUCACCUCCAUCAGACACAACACCAUCACUGGGCGGUGGCUGACCAGGUUCCAGGCCGUGUGGGACCCUAAGCAAGAAGACUGUGUCAUCGUUGGCAGCAUGGCCCAUCCGCGACGUGUGGAGGUCUUCCAUGAGACGGGAAAGGGGGUGCACUCCCUCCUUGGGGAGGGCCUCGGCUCUGUGUGCUCCAUCAAUGCCAUGCACCCAACCCGCUAUGUCCUUGCGGGGGGGAAUUCCAGUGGGCGGCUGCACAUUUUCAUGAAGCCAGGAAGCUACUGAAUUCUGGAGUAGGUUCACUGUUCAGAUUGAUCACUGUCAGAAGAACCCGAGAUUCCUGUGGCUUUGUGUUAUACUUGGUCAUAUGUUUUAUUUAAGAAAUACACAGUUGCUUGAUGAAUAAGAACCAUGGGCAGGCCUGGUGGUGCGUGCCUGUAAUCUCAGGGCUCUGGGAGGCUGAGGCAGGAAGAUUUCAAGUUUUAGCCC